AUGACAUACGUAUCAGCACGUCUUCGAGUCAAUCUCUUGAUUGCCUAUAGGUCCAUGCGGUCUAAACCAAUGGAAAGGCGCUAUACCUGGUCCAAUCCGCGGUUGGCACAAACGUGCAUUAAGCUCCGCUCUUGGCGCGUGCGCCCGCACAUGCACAUACAAGCGCUUGCAUCCGCACACUGCUGGUUGAGCAAGAACAUCCUCAUGUCCCUGAUCGAUUUACGUCGGCCUCCCACGAGUGGGAAAAUUCGACGAAUCUUCCACGGCUCUCAGUCCCAGGUUGGCCAUCGAAAACAGAGUUCACCUACCAUCGCUUCCCAAGCCCUGCCCGGACUGGGACGUGAACUGUCCAUUUCAGAGGUGGGCCAGCUCGCGGGAAAGACUGGUCGAUAUCUACGCAUCUUUUGCGAACGCGUGUGUCCCUCUGCUAAGUUCAAAACCAUCUUUGUACAGAAUGAUUACACGGUGGGUGAAUGCAUAAAAAGGGUGGUUAUACAACUCUCCUCUGAAGGAAGUACUGUCGCUAGUCAAGUCAAUCUCUUUGAAGUCAUUGGUAGGCUUCCAGCAAAUUCAAAAGCUAUCAGCGAAUCAGGCGCAGUAAAUGAUCCUGGAGAGGUGUUCAGUGAACUGAACUCACGUCCUCUACCCCCAGGGGAAAAUAUUUUAAAUGUCUUUUCCCUCAUGGCACCUGCACCAGGACUGUGUCGUCGUCUGGAAUUGCGUACACAACCCCUUUCAUCCGCAGUGACAUUUCCAUCCCGCAUUCGGCCGAGAAUCCAUACCACGUAUGAUUCGAUAAGUCCCAGUUCACAACUAACGGCACCCCAAUGUCCGUUCCUCCUUUUGAUCAAGGGGAGUAGGCCUGAAAGUGACCUUCUCGUGCACAGCUUUUCCAAUAUCUGUCAGGGCAAGCUAGGCGAAAUGACAAUGGGCACUUCGGCGUACAACGACAUUCGUCUAUACCUAUCUCCAGAAGCGGGAAUCUCUCGUGAAACAAUGAAUAUCAAUAGGGAUCACUACAAUGGCCUCAGAUCACCCAUUCGUUUCAUCGCCAAAAGUCACCCUGUUAGCACCAAAUCUAAGGCAAUUCGUUUAUGUAUUUCUUCUACCUACAAUGUUAUUCAACCUGAGUAUCCUUUCACAGUGAUCCUUAACUGGGAGACACUAACAGACUCCAAUACCUUCCCGAUUAAUAAAUCUCUGGAACCGGGUGACAUUCUUCGAAUCGAGACGUUGAAUCUCGUCUAUGUGUUCCUCUUUAAGGACUCGGAAACAGUGGCCGAGCAUAAGUUGUCUCUGGGCUUCCUCACAUUACCUCAGUUACCCUCAGCUGGUGGAAAACCUCCUACAGGUCAAAACGGAAGUCGCUCUGCUGCGAGAACCGCACGAAUCGAUGCUCUCGUUCGAAAAAAUUCCAACCUCAGUAACCACAGCGUUGGGGGCCCCAGCAUCCUUCCAACCCCUUCGAGUGUGGGUGUGGUGGUGGGAACCCUGUUUCCUCGAACCUCUCCUAAGAGUGGGGACUCGAAUUGGAGCGAAAUAGGCGGCAUUCUUCCAGAUGUAGGAGUGGCAGCCGGGUGCUUUGCCCAUCUCCUUCGGUCAGUUGUCAGGCAUGGGUUGGGAACGAACGGGCAAAACUAUGUGAAGCACUUCAACGAAGACGACGUGUUCCGGGAGAUUAAGCAGGCCUUAUCAAUGGAGCUGGAGAAACUCAAUCGGCUGGCCUCACAACAUCUAACUCCAGCAAUAUGGGAGGCGACUUUCUGUUACUACGUGGCGCAAUAUCUCUCACCAGGUUGGUUGAGGAGCACAGUGUCCCUACCGUCGCGUAUUCAGGUGGCUGAGCGUCAUCGCAGCAGCAGCCGCGUGCGCAGCGCAGACGGAAAUAGCAACAGCAGCACCACCGACUCUCCUUCCGACGUCUUCAAUUCGCCCCUCCAGAGACCACGUCAACUAUAUCCCGCGAAUGCUACCGCCCCCGAUAUUGGUGAGAACUACGAUCCCGACUUUGAGAAUCUGCCCAUGCUUUCGGCGUUGCGCGACAAGGUUGCUGUGGAGGCUGAAGCUGUUAUGAACCGGGCAGUUCAAAUGUCCCUUAAAGUGGCCUCAAAGGGAGUGACCAAGAUCUGUCGCCUCUUCAGUAGUUCCCCAGGCGAUGAAACAACGCGACAGAUUCGUGAUACGCAAGCCGCCCUCUUCGAUAAGUUGGAUUGGACGGGAGACGCGAUCACUCAGGCGCUGUCUACACGUAGCCAACACUCCGAGUUGCCCUCGAAUGGGGCGACAGCGAUUCGGCUAACGCAGGCUCAGCCGUACAACGGCCGUGACACCAGCAGAGGGAGGAGGUCGACGUCGACAGCUAAGUUGGAGACGGAUGGAGGUGAUAGCAGUAUGGAUUCCUCGCCACGACGGAAUGACUCCAGUGUAAUUGACUCGGACGAGGAGGAGGAGGAGGCAACUUCACCCUCAGGAUUCAGCUCGCUCAACUGUGACGAUGAGAUGCCCUUGACUCCGGGAGAGGAAGAGGAUACGGGAUUUGGAAGUAGUGCCACUGGAGGCUCAACGAAGGGAGCACAGCAGUGGAUGGAGAGUGUUUUCUUUUGUCGAUUCAUUAUCGGACUUUCUAAACGCAUUAUCGAGGAGUUUGUCGAAAACCGUGCGCUGGUGAUAAAUUGGGAGACGGGGACACAGGUUUUGAACCUGGUGAAGGCACUUAGCAAGUGGAUGCACAACGCAGGGGUGCAAAAUUACAAGGAGGCUCUGCAGCUUCUGCACGACUUUGCCAGGCUGAUGGCCACUCCAAGACAAGAACUUCUCAAUAUGUCAUGGGAACAGCUUCGCACGAAACGACCUACCCUACCACCGUCGCUGCUCUACUUCCUGUUGAAAAACUACGAAAGCGGCAAGGCGAUGCAAAGUGCCCGGGGAUGGUUUACUAACGAUGACAACGUGUUACGAGAAAGUCCAAUUGAUGCCGUCAACCUAUAUGCAAAGCAUUGGCAAGAAAUCGGGCAACUUUGCUCACUGUCUAGAUUCCAGAGGGCGGAAAUGGCCCAUCGACCUCCUGACCCAGCCAAGCUUUUCAGCACUGUACAGGCAAAGAUUGCUGUCGAUUUGUUCGACAGGACGCUAGCCGAGCACCGUCAAGUCUUCAGGUGGAAUGCGCUACUAAAGGGCUAUCGACCGCCAACCUCAAUGCUGAAAGAUAGCGGAUCUGUGUGCAGUUCAGGCAUCCGCAUGAAUAGCUCGCGAUUGGGUAGUCAAUUGCCCGAUUUGAUUCGCUUAAAACAUCACGGUAGUAGCGAUUCUAGCGAUAUUCGCGAUUUUGCUGAACUCAAUGCGGAGGUCAAUGGACCUAAAUCACAUACCUUCGAUACACUCGAUAUCCCCCGUCCGACUCUAUCUUUCGAGGGACCCAGUCAUUCCAUUCUGACAGGUCGACCCUACAACAGCCGACGAGCGACAGCCUCCGAAUUAGGAGGAGUGAGACGAACGGACGUGCAGCAUGUAGUGCCGGUUCCCGGUGGCGGUUUCCGUUCCCGCGUCAGGGCAUACGAACUCGGUGCCUCGUCACCUCACUUGCAGGAUUGGAGCAUCUCUGGCACCACAUCAUUGUCAAGGGGGCGGAACUGCGCUCGCCGCAGUGCUCUUCGUAGUGCCGGACUCUUCGGCUCCAGCCUCAAUAUAUCUCAAUCUCCGGACCCUCUUAGGCGAUCCCAAGAGGCUCAGAGGAUCCGUGAUGACUGGUCUGAGUUCAAGAAAAGCCUUUCCCAUCCUACCACGCCCUCCACUAUCGAACCUGAUGCGGAGACCCUGAACGGCAGUUUUUCCAUCCACCUCCCCGCUGUGAUGAUCCAGUCGAGCCAGGAUUUCAGUAAUCCCCCACGCAGAAGGCGUGAAGAUAGCCUCUCCUCUUUCACGGACUGGAAUUUGCGCAAGUCACAACAAAGCCUCAUCAGUGUGGAUUUGGACAGAUCGAUCGCUAGUUCUGUGAUAAACGUGCAACUGGAUAAGGUUGCCAAUGAAACGUAUGGGCUGAAGUUCGUCGAGGGACAUAUGACGCGAUUCGGCCAACUGGGAAUCUACGUGAAAUCUAUCACACCAGACACCUCAGCUUCGCGUGCUGAUAUCAAAUUGGGGGACCGAAUACUCGCCAUCAAUGGAAAAGAUGUUACCGAGAUGACCUUCAAAGAGACUUGUGACCUUCUGAAGGACUGUAUCUCCCGAGUGACGCUGACAAUUCAACGAGGCCUCGUAGAGAACCCAGAUGACCUCCUCUGCACAUGA